AUGUCUUCUUCUACUUCGCAGCCUCAGGCCAUGCCGCACGCGCCCGACGCGACUUCAGCUGCGCCUCCUUCUCCUGUUCCGACGCCUCCUCCAAAGUCUGUUGCUAGACUAUCCGACGCGACAAAUGCCAAUGCCACGUCAACUGCGAACGCGAACUCCCCCAGAACCCAAGCCUCGAGUAGCCCUGCGCCGGGUGUUCCCACCACGGGUCUUACGGCGUCGAUCCCGAAUACGGCAGCUCCACAGGCGACCGAGACCGAGACCGAAGAACACCUUUCUUUCAAUGACAAGCUCAAUGCCGGCGACCGGUACUGGAAGUUCAAGUUUGGUCUUGGAGCCAUUGCCAUCAUAACCGGCUUGGUCGGCAUAGGCUGCUUUGCUUAUUUGAUGACCACGGACCUCUACACCAACAACGACUACUACUAUCUCGGUUACAACAGCUACGCAGUAUGGCCCGGUCUAAUUACCUGGUCCGUCUCAGUAGCUUUUGUCGCGCUUUGCAUGAUCGUCUUUAUUGUACGCAAACGGCCUGUGCACCCUGGUGUUCGCGUAACAAUGGAUCUUCUGCUGUGGCUUGCCUUCAUUAUAACAGCAAUGUUUGCUAUUCUCGCAUUCCGGGACGUGUUGGAUUACGGUUUAUAUGGUGGACCUGAUGGAUAUAGUUAUGGUUCUGGCGGUGGAGACUAUGUUCUGGCCUCCAACGGCACGUGGGUAUGGGAACAAGACACGAGCUAUGUCAACUCUCCGCGAGACUGUGAUUACUAUGGAUUCAACAACUGCGAAGAGCAGGACGCCUAUGUUAACAAGCUUUGGGCGGAGAAAGGGGCACGCGCAAACACUACGUUGACAGGUGUUGUAUGCCAAUUCUUCGGAUUGGUUAUUCACUUCGCGCUCUUCGUGUGGGCUUGCGUCGACUGCCAUCACCACAACCGCAGCAAGACCAGCAAGGACGCAGAGAAGAUUGCUGCCAACAUCGUACAGACUAUGAUCACCAAUGGCGCUAUUGUGCCCCCACCAGGGCAGGCCCAUAUGAAGCCGCAACCAGGACAAGUCAUGUACUAUCAGAUGCCACCGAACCAGCAGGGAUAUCCGAUGCAACCCCAGUAUAUGCAGCAAGGACCGGGACAGAUGCAGCAAUUCGGACAACAUCCACAGAUGAUGCAGCAGCAACAGCGCAUGUCGCCUGGACAGUACCCGAUGGCCCAGCCUGGAAUGCCUCCUGUGGCACCGGUCAAUGAGAAGAGUGCGGGGGCACGUUACGCUUGA